CGACGCAGGGGGAGAGAGAGAGAGAGAGAGCGAGCGAGCAGGCGAUGAGAGGAAGGUGCAAUAAACACACAGGGCGUCUGCGCCUAUCUAAGUAGGACAAUAAAGUGAAAACGGCAUCAAUGCUCUAACAAUGGAUCUAGCAGAUAUGCUUCUUCUCAAAGUUUUCCUCUUCGCGUGUUUACUAAACUACACCCAAGGACACUAUAGAAAUCCCCUGAAUAAAUACAUCCGUCACUAUGAAGGCUUGUCCUACGACACAGAGCUUGUGCACGGCAAUCAUCAGAGGGCCAAGAGGGCACUCUCUCAUGAAGACAAGUUCCUUCAUUUAGAUUUUCAUGCCCAUGGAAGGCAUUUUAAUUUACGAAUGAAGAGGGAUUCCACUUUGUUUGCCCAAGAUUUGAAGGUGGACGUUUCAGGGGAAGAGGUUCCAUAUGAUACCUCUCAUAUCUACACUGGAGAAAUCUACGGUGAGAAAGGUACCCUGACUCAUGGCGCCAUUGUGGAUGGUAAGUUUGAGGGCUUCAUUCAGAGCUACCAUGGCACCUACUACGUGGAGCCCGCUGAGAGAUACCUGGAAGGAAAAGACGUGCCCUUCCAUUCUGUCAUCUAUCAUGAAGACGACAUACACUAUCCACACAAGUACGGCCCAGAGGGAGGCUGCGCUGAUAGCACAGUGUUUGAAAAGAUGAAGAAGUACCAAGCCACUGCCAUCGAGAAGCCACCCAAGGAGCUCAACACCGAGGCGGGCUCUAAUGACCCUGUGCUGCUGAGGAAGAAGAGGAUGACUCAGGUUGAGAAAAACACCUGCCAGCUUUUCAUUCAGACUGACCACCUCUUCUACAAGUACUACAAGACCAGAGAGGCCGUCAUUGCUCAGAUCUCCAGUCAUGUCAAGGCCAUUGAUGCUAUCUAUCAGGGCACAGACUUCAUGGGCAUUCGCAACAUCAGCUUCAUGGUGAAAAGGAUCAGGAUAAACACCACCAGUGACGAGAGAGACAAGUCUAACCCGUUCCGCUUUUCCAACAUCGGGGUGGAGAAGUUCCUGGAGCUGAACUCGGAGCAGAACCAUGACGACUACUGCUUGGCUUAUGUUUUCACCGACAGAGACUUUGAUGACGGGGUGUUGGGUUUGGCCUGGGUCGGAGCUCCUUCAGGGAGCUCUGGAGGCAUCUGUGAAAAAAGCAAGCUGUACUCGGAUGGAAAAAAGAAGUCUCUCAACACUGGUAUAAUCACUGUACAGAACUACGCCUCCCACGUACCUCCAAAAGUCUCCCAUAUCACUUUUGCGCAUGAAGUAGGACACAACUUUGGCUCCCCGCAUGACUCUGGGUCUGAGUGCACCCCAGGAGAAUCCAAGAGCCAAGACAAGAAGGAGAAGGGCAAUUAUAUCAUGUAUGCCAGAGCUACGUCAGGAGACAAACUCAACAACAAUAAGUUCUCUAUCUGUAGCGUACGCAACAUCAGCCAGGUCCUGGAGAAAAAGAGAAGCAACUGUUUUGUCGAGUCUGGCCAGCCCAUCUGUGGUAAUGGUCUGGUGGAGCCCGGAGAGGAGUGCGACUGUGGUUACAGCGAUCAGUGCAGAGACCAGUGCUGCUAUGACGCCAACCAGCCUGACAACAAGAAGUGCAAAUUAAAGCCCAACAAAGUCUGCAGUCCCAGCCAGGGUCCAUGUUGUACUGCCGACUGCUCUUACAAGGGUCGUAAUGAGAAGUGCAGAGAGGAGUCAGAGUGCGCCCACCAGGGCAUGUGUAACGGGAUCAGUCCUCAGUGCCCCACGUCUGAGCCCAAGGCCAACUUCACCGCCUGCCACGGAGAGACUCAAGUCUGCCUCAACGGGGGCUGCUCUGGCUCCAUCUGUGAGAAGUAUGGGCUCGAGGCGUGCACCUGUGCCAGCCAGGAUGGCAAGGAUGAGACUGAGCUUUGUCACGUGUGCUGCAUGGAGAAGAUGAAUCCCAACACGUGCAGCAGCACAGGAUCAGAGCGCCUGGCUCGUUUCUUCAAUAAGAAAGUGACCACGCUGCCGGCCGGCUCGCCCUGCAACGACUUCAAGGGAUACUGUGACGUGUUCAUGAAGUGCCGCCUGGUGGAUGCAGACGGACCGCUGGCCAGGCUGAAGAAGGCCAUCUUCAACCCAGAGCUGUAUGAGAACAUUGCAGAAUGGAUCGUGGCCCACUGGUGGGCAGUCUUGUUGAUGGGCAUUGCCCUCAUCAUGCUCAUGGCUGGCUUCAUUAAGAUCUGUAGUGUGCACACACCAAGCAGUAACCCCAAGCUGCCUCCUCCCAAACCGCUACCAGGCACUUUGAAGAGGCGGCGAGCGCAGCAGCAUGCCAACUCCCAGGUGCAGCACCAGUCUCAGCAUCCGCACUCCCACCAGCACGGACACGGCGGACACGGCGGGCACGGUGGCCAGCGGCAACCCCAGAGGCAGCCUCAGCGACAGGCGCAGCCCCAGAGGCACCACCGUCAGCCCAGAGAAAACUAUCAGAUGGGCCAGAUGAGACGCUGAGACCCUGCAUCCCGCCCCCCACCCCCCAAUGCCUUGGCUCCUCCUUGUGCCUACAGUGGGAAACAAAAGCGUCACUCCAUCCAAAGAAAAGCCUGACAUGGUUGUUACUCAUCAUCAUAUCCACCAUCUAGAAAUAAAACAAGACACGUGAAAAAGAGAAAAAAACACUAUCUAGCAACUUUAUUGGCUCUUUGUGGAGUGGACUCGACCAUCAGCCAUUUCCAAUGCAGUGUGAUCUAGCAUCUUUUUCCAGCAUUUUUUUUUUCUUUCUGUUUUUUUUAAGGAGUGCCAAGGAGUUAAGGAAUCAUGUGUAGCUUUAGUACAUUCUGUGAUGUGUUUUUUCGUUCUAUUGCAACGUCUUCUUGAGUGACAACGCCCGUGGCUGCUGGUGAAUUGUUUCGUGCUUUUCUUUUCGCCAUUCUAGCCAGGAUUGAGAGACACUCAGUGGGGAUUUGCGGCACUUUUUGUGAUUUACACAUGUCAAACGGCAAAAGACACAGGCUCCGGUCUCUCGUGCAGACAGUCUUCUGCAUGUGACUGUACAUAUUUAGUGUAUCAUAAGUGAAAACAAACUAUUUCUUCUACUGUAAAUGUGUAAUUCUUCACUUUUUUUCUUUUGAUUUCUUUUCGGUUAGUGCUCUCAGGACUCUUAACACAUAACUGAAGGAAUGAUGGUUGUGAUGAGGUCCGUGGACGUUGCUGUUGAGGGUUUGACGCCAUCACGUCCUCCGCGCAGUCGUUCAGUCAGGUGGAUCUCUUUCACGUCUGUUAGAUAGCUAGAUUUUGAAUUCGAACAACAAGGUCACCAUAUCUCACUUUUCAGGCCUUCUGUGUUCAAGAUCCCCCUUUUCAUCUUUUUUUUUUUUUUAUUGUCUUGCUAACAUCAUGUUUUGCAUAUUUUGUGUAACAAGCUAGAUGAGGUGAAAAGUCACGGGAACAAGAAAAGGGAUGAUCACCUAGUUUGAUACACCUUUUAUCGUCUUUACCGAAUUGUUUGUGAUAAUGAAGAAUGAAUAACCACUAACUGAAGCUGAUGAUGAUGAUGAUGCUACCUGUUUCAGAUAUGAAGACAAAGGAAAGUGAAGGCUGCUGUGGCUUAGUUUAGAAGUGAGAGUGUAUCAUGUUACAGAGUUAGUUUACAUGAGUGUGGAAAUAAAUUUAAAAAUGACUCCGGUGUGGAUGUACAAAAAAAAAAACAAUUGUAAGAUUAAAUCAUUCUAUUAUUCUUCAGAUAGCGAAUCUAAGAACUUUUCAAUGUGGGCAUGCAGACACAUUUAUUAAAUGUGACUAUUAAUUGACCAAGGUCUGUAAUAUUUGUAUGUCACUCAACACUAUUUACUUUGACAGCUAUUAAUGUUAGUAAGUCUUAAACAGGAGCAGUGUAACGCAGCAGUAUUGUCACACUAUUCACACAUUCCUCAGUGUGUUCACUACGUUCACGGGAGACGAGCGGCUGAUUUUUAAAUGUUUUAUUCUUUUAUUUUGUUUGUUUGUUUGUUUGUUUUAAACUUACCUGCAGGUAUCUCCUGGUCACAUUUCCUCCUGGACUGAAUCCCCUUAAGAGCUCAUGAGUGCAGGCGUCAGUGUGAGUUUACAUCAGCGUGCCAUAAAACUUUAUACAGCUGAUCUUUGUGCACAGGUUUUCUAAAUAAUUAAGGAAAAAAUAAAUCACGUGUAAAGUUUCUGGAGCCACUUUAAAUGGAAGAAAUGAAAAAGAUGGGUUGACCUCAGGUGUUUUCUUCCCCUCCCCCACCUCCUCCCGAUGUGAUAGAUAUAUAUAAGCAAAGACCCAAUUUACAGUGCAAACAUUUCACCCACUAGUUGGUGAGUGGAAAGAUUGGCACAGACAAAAGAAGAUUGGGCAUUUUGCAUUAAGGACGUUUUCUUGUGCUCGGACUUUAUUUUAUUCUGGCUUUAUUAUUCCUAAAUGCAUGCAAUACUAAUCUCAACUAAUAUCUCUCAACACUGUCCUGAUGGUCGUAAUAAUCACACAUGUGCUCUGGAGGGGACAUUAAAAGUAACGUGUCUCACAGUCGAAGGUUUAUUUCACACGGCGGAUAAAUUAGGCAGGUCGGCGGCAACUUAAACUUCUCAUGUCUGUACAAAAAUGGAGCUCUUUUUAAAUUUCAUCUUCCAGGCUGGAUUACACCCGAUUUAGGCCUGGAGAAUUUACAUGUAAACUUGUACAGUACUUCGGGAAAAAUUUGCAUUUCAUUUGAAAAUGAAAAUUACAUUUUGAUACAUCUGUUUCAUUUUUUUUUUCUAAUUCCAGAGUAAGUUGUUCAAAGAUGUUCAUAUGUGACAAACUUUCCUUUCUUCUAAGUUAUUUAUGUUCUUAUAUGUGCUAGUUGAAAUGGAGUUUGCUUAUGAUACUUUUCUCCACCAUCAUCAAUGGUUAAAAACAAUUCAGGGUGAUGGACUUAAUGUUACAUUCUCAUUUUUGUCUUCGUUAUCCUGUGGCAUGGUUUGGGUAGAAGAGCAGAAGAAAUAAUGCCUGUAAAUUUACUUUCUUUUUAAUUUCGUAGUCUUGGUAAAAGUUUUUAGAUAAACGUGCACUGAAAAUGUCCAAAUUGAGUUGAAAUGUUGUAGGUGAUGUAGGCCGAAAGAACACAAGAUUAAAAAGUAAUACUACUGUCUGAUUUUAAUGUUCACUGUGUUUUAUACAGUAUCGGAAAUUUUUGUUCACUUUGAACAUUUUUACUAAAAAAAAAAAAAAAAAGAUUUCAAAUUGUAUUGUGCAAAGAGAUGUAAUUUUUGGAGUACUUGAAAUGCAUUAAUUAAAAGACUCGUUCAAAAUAAAAUAGACCCCUGUUUACUGUC